AUGAGAUACUUGAAAGAGGAUCUGGCUUACUACCAUGAGAAGGUCACCAAAGACCUGGCAUCCCUAGGCCAGACCCUGGACAGAGCUCUGGUGCUGAAUCAGAGCGAAGAGGAAGCUAAGCUGGAGGAGAGGAUUGAUUUUGAAAGGAUGGUUAGGAGGUUUGGGAAGGGUGAGAGAUUGAUGAGGCCAGUGCUAGAGGUUGCAGGAAGAAUAGACAGACAAAUAUCAAGACACCCGAAUGUAAAGAUGGUAAUGAAUGGGAGAAGAGCCGGCCAACUAGUGAAGGUGGCAGAAGAGGAAGAGAGUAAAAGAGGUCAAAGAGCGAAGCCAGUGAAAAUUGACAAGGAGUUAGGUCCUGUGGUCAGGAACCCAGACUCUGAACCCAGACAGAGUGUGUCCAGAAACAGGAACAGGAAUAGGAGACCUCAGGUGAGUAUGACAUCAACAGGUGUUCUGCAGCCCAUCCCUGAGAACCGAGACCCAGUGGAACAGAGCCCGAGACCACCAUCACCUGAGAGGGCCUUCAUCAACCUGCAGCCACACACACAGGUAGGACUCUAGUCCUGCAGCAUUACAUACUAGUUUAUGUGUGUGUGUGUGUGUGUUUCACUGUGUUCGUCAACUAUAAUGUGGCUAUAACUAGUCUCCUGAGUGGCGCAGUGGUCUAAGGCACUGCAUCGCAGUGCUAGCUGUGCCACUAGAGAUCCUGGUUCGAAUCCAGGCUCUGUCGUAGCUGACCGGGAGACCCAUGGGGCGGCGCACAAUUGGCACAGCGUCGUGUAGGGGAGGGAAUGCUUGCAGGGGAUGUAGCUCAGUUUGUAGAGCAUGGCGUUUGCAAUGCCAGGGUUGUGGGUUUAAUUCCCACGGGGGGUAUGAAAAAGACAAAUAAAUAAAAUAAAAAAUAAUGAAUGCACUAACUGUAAGUCGCUCUGGAUAAGAGCGUCUACUAAAAUGUAAAAUAACUAUUUGUAUAAUACCAUAGGAAUGUGUAUGAUUGAGUCUUAUGUUAUAUCUGAAAAAUCUCAAAUGCUCUCUCUCGAUUAGCUUGACCAACAAGGAGCGUUAUCCCACUCUGAAGAGAUGAGAGAGAAAACCAACCCACUCUCUGGGAUCCGUGACCUGUGUUUUCACUGUAACUUUUUGUCUUAGAAGUGACGUAGAACAGGGGUAGACAACCAAAUUAAGCCGCAGGCUGAUUUUGGUCGGAGAAGAUGGUCGGGGGUCCUCAACAUAAUUAUAAUAAUUUGUACACUGCAAACUGACCACAACUAAACCCAACAAGCGAUUGUAUUUGAAAAUAACAGUAAUUUCAUACUUUGAUUACAUUGAGACACGAUCAAGUCUCUUAUUUUAUUCGUGGGAAUACUUGGGAACAAAUUCCCUGAAUUAAACUCAUUUUUAGCUGAAUUCCUGAUGAUGGUCCUCUGUAGCUCAGCUGGUAGAGCACGGCGCUUGUAACGCCAAGGUAGUGGGUUCGAUCCCCGGGACCACCCAUACACAAAAAAAAAUUAUGCACGCAUGACUGUAAGUCGCUUUGGAUAAAAGCGUCUGCUAAAUGGCAUAUUAUUAUUAUUAUUUUACGUUUGAGAAACAUGGAUGAACGUCUAAUUCUGACAUGAGUGUGAGAGCUCGUAGGUUUAGCCACACGAUCUAACCCUGCACCUCUGUCUCUCAUGCAGAAUGACUUCGCUACUCUUGAGUCAGUGGUAGGUUGUUUACUGGAUUCAUUCAGUAUUUCUACAGACAUAUAUUCAUUACUGAUUAAUUACUGCAGCUACAAUAUUCUCCCAGUAUAUAAGACUUGUUCGGUUUCGAUACACGUAUUCCCACUGGGCACACACUGGUUGAAUCAACGUUGUUUCCAUGUCAUUUCAAUGAAAUCACGUUGAACCAACGUGGAAUAGUUGUUGAAUUGACGUCUGUGCCCAGUGGGCUGUAUCUUUUCACUGUGAUCUUGUGAUUAAUCAUGUUAACUAAUCUUGUACCGCUAAUCUUCCCAUCAAGAGUCAGAACUACAGGUCAUCUACUCCAGUGACUAUGACCUCCUUGACCUCUGUCUCUUUGACCACUGCUCCACUGACCGCUUCUCCACUGACCGCUACCCUCCAGACCACUGCCACUCCCCCCCCUCUUCCUCCCUGUUCGCAUCCCUCCCUCUAACCUCCAGACCACCGCCGCUCCACCCCUCCCUCGCCCCCACCGCCUGCCCCCACUGAAGGUUCCACCGCCGACCCUGGCAUGGCCACAGACCACCCAUCUACCACCCAUCUCCACCCAGACUGAGGGAGGACAGACAGGCAACACUGACAGGACUGGAACACCUGUACUGGUAAGAAGACUGAUAAGAACCAGGCUCCCUCUCUCUCUUUCAGUCAGAUCCACACACAUGGUGUCACAUAGAGGAAAGCUAGUGUAGAUCUGUAAGAUUAUAGCUGUGCUGGAAAGAUGUUUAAAUGUUGUAUUAUGUUUCUCAGACUCUGGACACUAAUGGAGAUCAGACAGGAGAAACCAAUGAGAUUGAUUAUGAUGAGGUAGAGGAGAUUAGCAUCCUGCCUGAUGAGGAAAGGUUCCAAGUAAAGCAAGUGGAGAAGGAAGAAGUGAAGGAGAAGAAGGAACAGGAGAAUGAGACAGGGGGGGCGAAGAAAUGUCGCAAGACCAUCAAGAAGAGGUGA